ACAACGGUGAUGCCGUUCCACUUGGCGGGUAGUCAACGUUUCAAGUCUUCGUGGGUUGCUUUUUCCAAAUUACAGGGAAAUGCCGUAAAGUGAUGAAAGAAAGGGUUGAUCAUCUGACGAAUGAAUUGCCACUAAGGGCAUAGCUCAAAAUAAAACUUGCAACCAUGGCAUCACAAGUGGAAUUGGCAGCUGAACGUAGGGAGCUGAGCAGUACCCCUGUGUUGCCCGCUCUCCAGGAAGGGCGGGCUAACCUGGUGUCACCUCCUCAGGGGGAGAAAACUCCAUCUUUGAAGGAGACAGCUGCUCAAUGGGCCAGUGAUGUCAGGAAAAGGGUGUCUGAUGCUGUGAGUCAGGGUGAGGAAGUUAACAGGGAGGAUAUAUGUAUCCUGGAGAGAGAGCUGGUCACAGGCUUCAUCACAGCAUUGCAGCAGGACAGCCACAAGAGCUGGAUGUUGCUCAGGGAGAUGUUGAGUCUGAUAGAGUCUUACAGUCACUCUCUGUACUGCUUUGACCAAAAGGCUGAGCUGUACCACUACCUGGAGAGGAUUGUCCAUCAUGCUGAUGUCCACAAGAGCCGACUGUUUGAUGUGCAGAUCACAGAAGCCCUGGCCAAAGUUUUCCCAAAGGAGGUGGAGGAGAUCAAGCAGAGUGGGCGUGUGCCUGCUAAGAAGUUCUGUAGCCCCAGUCCGCCCCUGGUCAAGGCUCCAAACUCUCCACGCAAAGCGGUCAAACUGACCCUGCCUGAUGGCACUGACCCAUUUGAACUGCGGCCAGCGUCUGAUGAUGAGACGUACUUGGUGGUAAAACCCCUGACCUUUGGUGAUAUGAGGAAGUCUUUUGGGGCUGUGGCCAUGGAGGUGGCCAGUCGUGAAGCUGUAUGGGGUCAGUGUUUGGGAACAACUGUACAAGCUCUACAGAUAGAUUUACCUGAAGAGCCAGAAGACAGAGAGAAGACAUCGCCUCCCCUGACCAAACCCUCACCAGCUCUUACCCCCAGGUCAAGUGACAGCUCUCCUGAGGCUAAGAAAAAGGUCACAUCACGGAAACCAAUGACUGGACGAGAAGCUGUACAGUAUUUUGCUGGCUGUCACCAUAUCGGCAAAAUCAAAACAUUGUAUUUUAACCUGGCUCCAAAUCGGCACUACAGGCCGUAUGAUUUGAUUGAAGUGCCUAAAAACAAAGUGAAUGCAGACCAUUACGUGUUUUCAACGUUCAGUGUGAUGCGCGUGCAUCAUGAUGCGCCCAGUGAGACUAUGGGACUGGCAGACUGGCAGAGAGAAGCCGUGCUUUGGAACGCCAUCUCACACAUACCCUUCUUCAAAAACUACCUUCUAGUCAAAAUGUUCAGGAGGUGGAGAUCAAACAGGCAAAAGUUAGAUCUACAGAGAAGACAAAAGAAACUCAUGAAUAACCUGCUACAAGCUGUACCCCGCUUUGGCGCUGCUCUCCUGCAACUUACCAGGCUACUGAAAGAGUUGCUGACAGUAGACUUUCUACCAUUUGAAAAAGGAUCCUCUUACACCCUGGCAAAUUUGGAAAAUUUGGUGAACUACAAGAAUGUUCAAGCUGAUAAAACUCUGGAAAAGUUCUUCAAGUACUGUAAACUGACUGUGGAUGUGACCGCUGAGGAAUCAUUCAGAUGUCUCUCAUACUGUGAGGAACAGGUCAAGAAGAAGACAGUGUUCUCUAAGGACUCUUUGCACCUCCAGCGUCUGAAGAAGGAGCAAAGGGAGGAAAACUUAAGAAAGGCAAGGACCGAAACUGGGCGACUGGGCAACUUUGUGAAGCUGAUUGACCAGAUGGUUGUGGAGCACCUAUUUGAGAUCAGCAAGUGCCAGGUGCUGCGGUUUGUGGAUCAGGUGAUGAAGCCACGCCAGGAUGCACAGGAAGAGGACAAGGGCAUGUUACAGGCUAACCUUGUCUUCACAAAACAGGGGGUACUAGGGUUAUCUCCCUCUAAGGAGAGAAUCUUCAGUGUCGUCACAAGCACACUGACAAACAUCCCGGGCAUUCUGUGCGCCCAGGCCAUGCCCAUGGACACGACCCCUGCGUGGACGGACCGUGAUGACCAGGCUUCUGUGUUCUCCUCACCCACCAAAUCCACAGCUAGCCUGAUCAAGGUUUUGGAAGAAAAACGGAAGAAAUCACUGGCCACGACACCAAACACAGCCAUCACAACAGGCCCAGGUUCUGAGGUAGAUACCACAACAAAGGGGAUUUCAAUUUCUGAGGCAAGGGUUGAAACUCAGAGUGUGGAACUUUCUCGUAUAACCAAAUCUGUCCAACCAGUGGCUAUGAUGGAAGAAGACGAAGAGUGUGAAAUUGAUAUCCCAGAGUUGCCUCGAUGGGCUGCACCCACAAAAGAUGAGGAUGAAAUGGCUGUGGCUACUCCUGACCUGGUGAUUAAAACAGACGCCUGUCUGAUUGUGGAAGGGGAGGGGUUUAUGGGCCAGUAUGAACCUCUGUCAAGAGCCAGCUUGGAAGACAAACUCAGACUAGAUAAGGAAUAUCUUGGUGCACUGGACCUGACAACAGAGAUGCUGGAGGCGGCCAUGCUAGAGGUAGAUCAGUACUGUGAGGCCAACGCCUGGUUGAACCAGAUACAUCAGUUCACUACCAACUGGACAGAGCGCUCAGUCAGGGAGUUCAAAGGUCUUGCCGCCUUCAGCAUUGAGCAAAAGUUGAACGAAAUACGUCAAUGGUCAGACAGAAUCCGUGCGUUUGAUCAGAAUUACCUGACGGAGAAUGGCCUAAUCUAUAUAGACUGUGUGACCAUGCACUCCAUUCUGGUGCCAGCCCUAGAGAAGAUCUACCAGCAGCUUGUUACCUUUGUGGCCGAUGAGGCAAAGCAGCUGGCCAAAGAUUUCUGCAAGGACAUCAGCUUCUUCAUCUAUACGCUGAAAGACAAGAGGAAGACUGUGGAGGCUUUUGCCAGCUAUGCCAAGAGUUUCAAUGAGUAUAAAAACUGCACAACUCAAUAUCAACAGCAGCUGGAUUAUAUCAAAUCUCUCUAUGAGGUGAUCAGGAUGAGCUACCGCCAGUUGACAGGGGAGGAGGAGAAACUGGAAGAGAGCAUGUGGACAGCCUGGGAAGCUUUCCUCUACCAGAUGCAAGCUGCGGCUGAGUUUGUCAACACCCAGACCCCACUCUUCAGCCAGGAGCUUGAGGACACCUACACGCGCCUUAAACAUGCCAAAACCCAGAAGCAGCAAAAUGAGGCGGUUCAACCUCCCAGCAGAGUUAUGGUGUUGGAAGAAGAAGCCUAUGAGCUGACAGAGCAAGGAACAAGUGGUAAAUUCCUGGACCCAAAAGAGAAGCCGACUGCUAUCCUGGCUGAUCUUAAAGAGAUUCGACUUCGUUUCUUCUCUGUGCGAGAGCAGCUGACUGAUGCAGGCUGGAGAAGGGAGGCAAUCAGCGGGGAGCCAUACGACCUGACCUUCCUCAGUCAGCUGACAAAAAGGCUGGAUGUGCGCUGUGAGCUGUGGAAGUACGUCGAGGUUUCCAUGCUGGCCAUUCAGGACUGGAAACAGCUCCCCUUUAAGAAGUUUAACACAAGAAAGGCUCUGGAGAAGAUGGUGGAAUGGCAGACGGCAGCAGGCCAGCUCAAAGCCCAUCUGCCCUCAGAGGAUGCUGUGCUGGCUCACUGGUUCAGGUCUUUACAGGACUUCAAGGCUAAGCUACCUUUGCUGCACAAACUUCACCACGAGUCUCUUAAGGAGCGUCAUUGGAAAGCGAUAUUCGUGGGUAUUGGGGAUGUGUAUGACCCUAAGAGAGAGCUGCUCCUGAGUGAACUGCUGGACUACAAGCUGGAUGAGCAUGAGCAGUUUAUAGACCAGGUGUGUCAGAAUGCACUCGCCGAGUACGACCUGGAAAUUCAGAUCACACAGCUGGCCAAGUUCUGGAAGGAGCGCGAGUUCAAACUGGCCAAACAUAUUCCUGACAGCAUUUAUAAUGAUAAAGACUAUGAAGAAAAGAGACGUCAAAGCCUACAGCGCCGUAGUAAGCUGGAGAAAUUCCGUAAGGAAAGAGCGGCUAGCCUGAAAGGCAGUUUUAAGUUUCUGGACGUCAAGAGUGGAGACCUUUACAUUCUUGUGGAAGUUGAGCAAUUACAGUAUGAGCUAGAGGACAGCCAGAUAAGUGUGCAUGCCAUGCUGAACUCUCCCCACCUGGCUGGUAUGGAACAGGAAGUGACAUUCUGGUCCAAGGCUCUGCAUCAGAUCCAGGAGAUCACAGACUUGUGGCUCUCUGCUCAGCAGAAGUGGUUGUACUUGCUGAAGGUGUUUGAAAUGCCUGGAAUGUACAAGAAGUUUGCUGACAUGAGCCUCAAGUUUGAAAAUGUUAAUAGGAAGUUCAAGGAUUACAUGAGAAUCUCUGCGACUGACCCCAAGUGUGUGAGUUUGAUCAACCAUAAACGGGGAGAGAAAGGUUACCGGCUGCUGCAGGGCGACAACCUGAGGAAGCUGCUGACGGGACUCAUUAGUACACAGGAGGAGAUUCUGAAGCACCUAGAUGGCUUGCUGGACGCUGCGCGCCAUCAAUUCCCUCGCCUCUUCUUCCUCAGUAACUGGGAGCUGGUUGAGGCCCUGGGUGUCUCCCGUAACCCACAGGCCCUCCUGCCAGCCGUCACAAAGUGUUUCCCUGGGAUCAGUGGGCUCCACUUCUCCCUGCCACCAAGCCUGGGAUCUGUCAACUCCACCCUGGAUUAUGCCUUACAUGCUGAUAAGCUUAUGUGUACAGCCAUCAGCGGUAAACUAGGGGAGAAGCUAGAGCUGAGCAGCCACCUGGAAGCCUACCCCCUGGCGACAAAAUGGCUGUCCUGCCUGGAGAAGGGCAUGAGAAACUCCCUGGCCGAGAAACUGCAGGCCACUGUACAGGCCAGACUGGAAGAUGGUGCUCCACAACCAGUGCACGUUCUGCGAGAACUUGUCCAUUUCAACCGCCCCAAAGGCGAGCAGACCGAAGCCGAUGUGAAGAAGGUAGGGGAGGAAACGCUGCAGCACUGGCUGCUGCGCUAUCCCGUGCAGUGUGUGAUGAUUUCCGAGGCGGUUCUGUGGGAACGGAGCAUGACACGAGUGCUGGAGAGGGAAGAGAAGGAUGACCUAAAACAACUGGGUUCUAACCUACAGUCACGUCUGGAGCAGUACGCAGAUAUCAUGAAGGAAGAAGCCCGAGGACGUGCAGACAUUCAGGUGAAACAGAGACUUAGACAUCUUGUCUCCAAUCUCAUCAAUCAAGGCAUCUAUAACAGAGACAUCAUUCAGGCUCUGAGGAAAAGUGGCAAUGUCAGCCUCCAGUGCUUUGAUUGGUUGAAAGUCCUGAAGUAUCACAUUGACAUCAAAUCCGUGUUACGUGCCAAGACCGAAGUGUCAGAGUCAUCUCCCUUGCCCACUAAGCCCUUGCCGUCCACUCCGCGGAGACGUGUGCGAUUGAGUGAAGAUAAAGUGGAAGAGGAACCUCCAGUGCUGACCAGGACAAAAACCACUAUAUCCUCAACCUACUCCUUCAGCCAGUGCUUUGUCCACAUGCUGGGCUCCCCAUAUACAUAUGACUACGAGUACCUGGGAGCUACGCCACGCUUGGUGGUUACGCCCCUAACAGAACGGGCAUUCCUCUCCCUCACCUCAUCACUGCAGUCCUUCCACUGUGGGGCUCUGGUGGGACCCCCAACCACCGGCAAGUCUGAGACCAUUGGAGAACUGGCUAAGGCCAUGGGGCGCCAUCUAGUGAUGAUUAGCUGUAAUGAAGACGUGAGCCUUCCCAUGAUGACUCAGUAUUUGAGCGGAUCCAUCCAAACAGGCAGCUGGCUUCUCUUUGACAACGCUGGUCGCCUCACAACAGGCCUGAUGUCAGUGUUUGCCCAGCAGCUGGACUAUCUGAGGACAGCCCUGAAGGCCCUGAGUGAGUUCGGCAGUUCUCAGUACAACCUGCGGGGACAGCCCAGAUACGACAAGAAACCAGGUGUAAGUGACAAGGUGAUCAGGAGGAACUCACUGACGACCCUGCACCCACUACCCCCAGAGGAAGAUCCGCCUGGACUGCUCAGACAGAACACUGUACCACAUGGCUUCAAUGAGAAAGGUUUGUCCACAUACUUUGAGGAUAGCUGGGUGGAGGAAAGAGAGGAGAGGAGACAUUCUAUAGAGAAGGAGAUCCUCAUUAAGGAAUCCGAGUUGUACAAGAGUAACAAACCUCCCCCACUCUUCUAUGAACAUGUGAUGUUUUCUCGUAAGAAAUCAUCACCAGAUUACAGCAAGCUGGGUCAAGAGACGUCCUAUCAGCCACGUUACCUAGGCAAUUUGAUGUUUAAUGGAAAUCUGAUGUUAGCCAGUGCAAAUUUUGGCUGUUUCAUGACUUUCAACUCGAAUGACCCCUCCUACAGCACAAAACUGCCACAACAGCUGAGGGUUGUGAUCCGUCCGUGUGCCCUAGUGGUGCCUGACUCAGAGAGAGUUUUGGAGGUGCUUCUUUGUUCUGAAGGGUUUGAGGAGUUCUCACUGUGGACCGCCAAACUCUCACGCUUCCUCUACCUGGUAGACCUAGAGUUAUCUGGGGGUUCAGGUCACAGCUAUGCAGGAUUAAGAGAGCUGAAGACAGUGGUGACCUUGGCUGGAAGGAAGCGGCUGGAUAAAGCACUAGACAGAGAGAUCCAUACCACGCUGUACAAGGACGAAGAACUUAACAGUGUGAUGCAAUCUCAGACGCCACGUAGUCGCGAAGAGUUCUGCAUUGUGCAGGCCAUCAGGAAAAUUAUCUCCCCUAGAAUAGAGAAGGAGGAUGACAGUUUUCGUCUUCACAACAUCCUGCGGGACCUUUUCCCCACAACAGCCAAGCCAGAGAAUCCUCCCCAGUGUAACAAUCCAAAGUUAACCCAAGCCAUCAAAGAUUUGCUAAAACAAAAUCAUCAAUUUUACUCAGAUGGCUUUGUCAACAAGAUACUGCAGCUGCAGGCAGCAGUUGACCUGGGACAUGGGGUGAUACUAUCAGGCCCCAGUGGUAGUGGUAAGACCACUUGUUACCAGACACUGGCCAAAGCUUGGAACCAUCUCAACUACCAGCUGUUUGCUCCUGAUCAUGCCAAGGAGGAACUGGACAUGCACAAGAUGAUCCGCAAAAACCAGCUGAAACGGAAAGAUCAGGAGGGUGAUGGGGAAGAUCUUUAUAACGUUGAGGUUAAACAUGGGCUGGCUCUGGACAAUCUGGAGAUUGAGACAACUGAGGCACGCCUGAAAUGGAAGCGCGCGGAGAAGUCUAUGGUGGGUAUUCUAAGCACGGCUGUGGAUGCUGAGUCCACGGAUACCCCGACGAGUCAGGCGCGCUACCCUAAAGUAGAUCUCUUCACGGUCAUGCCAAACUCACUCACACCACAACAGUUGUUUGGAAGCUUUAAAGAAGGCAUUUGGGAGGAAGGAAUCAUGACAAAGACCCUGCGCAGCAUUGACUACAAAGGUCGCUCAGUGAAGACCGUUCUCAGUCAAGCCAAGGAGCAAAGGGCUACAGCCAGCAACAAACCCUUGAGUGAUCUCCCUUCCAACCUGCUACAGUGGCUGGUGCUAGAUGGCGCUGUGAAUCCCACCUGGUCAGAGAACCUUAACACGAUGCUGGAUGAUAACAAACGUCUGAACAAUGCCGAUCGGGAAAACAUCAGACACCAAAGUUCGGCUACCAUACUGUUUGAGACAACAGACUUGUCCUGGGCAUCCCCAGCCAUGGUUGCCAGGACAACAGUGAUCCAUUUUGAUGCAGAUCUUCUCCAAUGGAAAUGGUUAUUUGACAGCUGGGCAUCGACUUGCAAGUCAGAGUAUAUGCUGACAACAACAUGUGUUCAUAUUCUGGAUCAGCUUGUGACAGAUGUCUUUGGCCCCACCCUCAAGUUUUUGGCCAAGGAGUGUUUGCCAUCACUUCUGACUGAUGUCAGUUUCCGCAUGCGACAGACAAAUCAGGUGGCUUUUGGGAUUCAAGAAGUCUCAGCCUUCCUAAAGAUACUCAACUCUCUGCUGAGCAAGUAUUUCCUACGGGAGGAUUUGGAAAAGAAAAUCAAAAGAAUGGAGGAAGAAGAUCCGGAGGGUCAGGAGUCCAUUCCUAGGACUGCAUCAUCAGUCAUGGCCCAUAGGGUGAACAGUCGGCUGACCACUACCUCUGUCAUAGAAGAGAUCAUCCCCAACCACCUGGAGCUCCUCAAGUCCAUGUUCGCCUUCUCCUACAUCUGGGCCUUCGGGGGACACAUACAUGACAGGUACAAGGAGAAAUUUGACAGGUAUGCCAGAGAGACUCUGUUCCGCGCCACCCACCCAGUGAGGGUUCCCACCAAGGGGCUGGUCUAUGACUUCUACGUGGAUGGUACCACAGGGGGUUUCGUCAGGUGGAGUGAAAAGCCUCUGGACCGGCCCAGAGGUCUUCCCUCUACCUACAUUGUCACCCCAGAGGUCGAUCGUUACCACUACUUGACUGAUCUGUUACUGUCUGCUGGCCAUUCUGUACACCUGACUGGAGGGACAGGUGUGGGUAAAACCAGUGUGAUACAGCACCUGGUGAGCAGUAAGCAUGCGCUAACCCGUAUACAGAUGUCUCCUGGGCUGACGAGUGAGCUGCUAGGACAGCGGCUGUUAAGUCGUCUGCAAGACCCUCAGGUUCAGCAGAGUGGGUCAGGGCUGUCCAUAGAGGAUAAGGACCUCACCUUCUUCAUUGACGACCUUCAUACAGCCUCGGGAGAUCAUGGUGUUCAGCCACUCUUAGAGAUUCUGCGUCAGCUGAUGACUGAGGGAGGCCUGUAUGAUCUGGAGAGGAAGAUGAACGUGGAGACUAGGCCUGCUAAACUCCUCACCCUGUCUACACUGCCUUCACAGCCAGGUACUGGGUGUGGAGAUGCCAGUAGCGUGAUGUCGGCCAGGCUGACCAGACUCCUGGUCACUCUUACCUUUUUUGAGCUUCCUCUCAGCAGUCUCCUGUCCGUCAUGUCCAAACCAAUCCUUAGCUGGCUAGAGGAAUUCCCCACCUUCUCUGUGGAACACCAUAAAGACUUUGCCAAUGCCCUGGCAUCAGGAUUGUACGAGCUGUACACUGCUGUCAGGGAGAAAUUCCGCCCUACACCCGCCCACGCCCAUUACCUGUUCUCCUUCCACAACGUAGCUGCAGCCAUUCAGGGCCUCCUGCUCAUGUCUCCUCGAUCACGCACACGGAAAAUAAAGGUUCGACGACGGGAACGAGAUUCCUUUAAGAGACUGCCACAGUUCGGCUUUGCUGACUGGUCUCGUCAGAACACUAACAUCAGUUCUGACAGUGAUGGUGUCUCAGAAGGGUCAGCCCCUAUGAUGAAAAGCAUUGCCCAGCUGUGGUGUCAUGAGUGUACUCGGGUGUUUGCAGACCGUCUCAUUGCUGUGGAAGAUAUUUCCUGGUAUUAUAGAACACUAGAGACCGUCGCUGUUAAAUAUUUCUGCUCUCCUCGUGAGGAAAGGCUUGUGGAGAUGGCUGCCAUUCGUGAGGAGCCACAUGUGUACAGCUAUGGCCACCUGACUCCAGUUGAGAGACACAGCAAUGGGUCUCCAGGACAGGAGAGUCCUCAGGGGACAUCAGCCAUGCUAGAGUCAGAACAUCCACGCGGGGAGACUCCAACCAUGAAUAGCCCUCUGUUAAGUCAUGAAACUACAGGGGAGAUAACUGAGGCUGAGGCACCCCCGAGUGGCACAUCCACACAGCAGUCUUGGUCUGCACAGUUGUCUCCUCCUGGCUCUCGAGGAAAAGGAAAGCUGGCUCGUAUGAAGUCUCCAGAGCAAACAGCGGCUAAAAGACAUAGCCUUCGCACUGCAGAUGAUGUUAGUGUUGCUUUAAGCAAUGAUAUCAAGGCCACCGUCGACACAGAGGAUGGCGGUGUCACUGAGUUAACAAGGGCCAUGACAGAUACGGAGGAGAGGAGUGGGAACGAGCUGACACGGACCACGACAGAUACUGAAGAGGCAGAAGAUCCCGACCUGAGCACAGAGGAUGAGGAGAGCUCUGAUGAAGAGGAUCUCGACACAUCUUCAGAAAACGACACCGAGGACACCGAUGCCUGCUCACCCACUAUGGCCAUGUCUGAGGACGUUGACCUCGCUGCCAGUCUGAACAGCCACAAGGGUCAGGACGCUGUCAGCAGAGGUGGAAUACAUCGUGUGUCCAAACAGGGAAAACGUGGGGUGACGUUCAAGAUCAUGGACGGCGAGCAAGAGGAGUAUGAUGGGCCUCUGAUGACACUAGACGAGCUAAAGGGUCCCUAUAAAACCUUGGCAGAGAUUUUGUACAGCAAACAUUUUAUGAAGAUCCUCACUGAGUCUAAGGGAGAGAUGGUGGAGAAAGGUUAUGUGGAGACGACAGAGAGCCAGCUGACCAGCGCCCUCUACCUCACCCUGAGGGCGUAUAACACAACCACCGGUCAGCACCUGGACCUAGCCUUCUUCACACAGGCUGUCCAGCACGCAGCCAGGCUAAGCAGGGUCAUGUCCUUGCCUGGGGGCCACGCCUUACUGCUUGGGGUCAGCUAUUCCACAGGCCGAGGGACUCUGACCAAACUAGCUGCCUUUUUAGCUCAGAGAAAGGUGUUUGAACCUAAGCCACAGUCCACAGAGGAGCUGAUGCUUCAGGUGACUAGACAGCAUAUCAAACGGUGCUGUCACUAUGCUGGGGUCACAAAGAAGCCUGCUGUACUGCUGAUAAAUGAGGCCUUGGGGAAGCAGAGCCUGAGAGAUGUCACUGCUGUCAUGACAGAAGGCACCUGCCCUGGCCUGUAUAGUGAAGAGGAACUUCAGGACCUGAUCAGCCAGAUGAUGCCAGGGGGGGUUCAGAUCAAACGACCGGACAAGAUUGAUCAGGCCUUUGACAGGUUCCUCAAGAAAGUCAGGCAGAAUCUUCAUGUCAUUGUCUGCCUCAACUACAAAGGGAACAGUUUCAGCUCUGACUUUAAUGGCCUGCACAGCAAGUUACAGCAGUGUCCCGGCCUGCUGAAGCAGUGUGCGUAUGUAGAUGUGUACAGAGAGUGGGACAGAGGAGCCUAUGUCACAGUGGCGAACCGCUGGCUCAGAUAUCCCUACUUCAAGAUUCAAGUGCCGUGGAAUGAUGUGUAUAAAGAGGAGCAAAUCAACCUGACAAGUGCUGCCAUGGCUUACAUCCACAUGACAGCCAAGGCUGCCGUAGAACAACAGUACUGUCACCACAGUGAGCCACUCAGGUUCUACACACCCCUCACCUUCAUGGAGUUUACCCGUAUCUUCAGGCUUGUCUCUGUGCACCUGGCUAAACAAGAACAGGCCACCAUAGAGAAGUUUCAGGUUUUACUUGGGAAGAUGAACCAGGCCUCCUCGACCAUAGCAGGCUACAAGAGGGAGGUGUCGGAGUUGACCCCCAAGCUAAGGGAGGCCCAGGGAGCUAUCUGGGACUGGCUGGAUAAGGUGGAGGAAGGCAAGAAGGCCUAUAUACAGCAACUGGAGGACUGUAAGAGUCAGGAGGAGAAGAUUGCAUCUCUGCUGAAGCCUAUGAAUCACUACAAGGAACAGCUCUCCUCAGCCUUUGAUAAAGCUAGACCGUCUUAUGAAGCUGCCAAAUUUGCCCUGGCCGCUUUGGAUGGGAAGGCAAACUCAGACCUGGGGGAAUUGAAAUCUUACCGCGCACCACCCACGACUGUCAAGUGGGUGGUCGGGGCGCUCUGUGUGCUUUUUGACAGACCGGAUAACUGGGACAGCGGCAAGCUCCUGCUGCUGAAGGACAACCUUAUCAACGACUUGAUCUUCUACGACAAGGAGCACAUUCCUCAGCACAUUUUCACCAAGCUGGAGGAGUAUGUGAGGAACCCACGGUUCGCACCCGAGGAGGUGAAGCAGUCAAGCGCUGCCCUGGCUUGUAUAUGCAGAUACAUCCAUGCUGUCUACCAGUACGCUAUCAUCCACAGGGGCACCUUCCCCUUAAGACAGAACCUCUUAGAGGCUGUGGCUAAUGUAGAGAAGGCUCAAGCCAUUUUGGGGGAGAUGAGGCUGACUGCAUCAAGAAGGAAAAGCUUGCUGGAGGAGUCCAUACUGAGCCACAAGGAAGCAGUCAAAAACCUGAAAGCUAUGGAGAAGCAAGUCCAGGGUAUUGAAAAGCGGAUUAAGAAGUGCAACCAGCUGAUGACCAAAAUCAAGUCUCACCACACAGGCUGGAAGUCAGAGGUGAAGAAAGCCAAUGCCCACAUUGACACAGCACCUGCUGAUGCCCUUAUCACUGCAGCUUGUGUCUGCUACUUUGGUCCUCUGGAUGACAAGACCAGGGCAGGUCUGUUGCAAGACUGGAUCAAGUUCUGUCGCAGUGGCGGAAAUGCAACAUCGUCAAACCUCUCUGAGGAAAGAGAAUCCCUGGAUGUUCGUCUCCAGAAUUUCAUGACCGAAAGCCUGUCUGUCCAUUCUCAUGCCGGGUCUGUCAGAUCUGAGCCAAACGAGGCAGAUAGUUCAUUGCCUGGUGAGGAUAACGCCGGGCAGGAUUCCAGGCCCAACACAAGCAUUAGCAAAGUGUCCGGAGCAAAGGGAGACCACCCUCCCACCGUUCGCGUGUACCCUUUCAGGCCGUCCAUCCAGGAGUCAAGUCUGGGCAAGGUGGAGCUGCGGUCAGAGCUGGAGGAGGCAAGCACCAGCCACUUUUCCAUGGAAACGGAUGAAUCUGACGAGGAGGACAACUUCUCCCCGCUCACUCUCCGCCGUGACUUCUCCCUCCAGGACAUCCUUUCCAGCGUUGAAGAGCUGCAAGACUGGAAACUGGCGGAGCUGCCCACGGAUGUCCAUGCCAUACAGAAUGCCCUGAUCAGUCGUGUGUGCUCGGAUAACCGCAAUCACUUCUGGCCCCUGCUCAUUGACCCAGAUAACCAGGCAGAGGCAUGGGUCCGCGCACUGCAGAAGAGUUCACAUCACAUCCAUGAGGCAGAGCUGAUGAGACAAGGCAUGGACACCACUUACACAUUGUCUGAGUCGCCUGAGCUUGAAGACUACUAUGGGAUGGAUGAGGAGACACGGAGGAUGUCCAGAUUCUCUGAUGUCACCACCUUCACAAACUUCACCUUAGCAGAUGAUGACGCCAGCAUCAGUGAAAAUCGAGCUCAGACAAGUGUGUCUAAUGUCAACCGGGAUGACCUCCGCCCUCUGACCUCUGUGACCUUGUCUUGGGAGAGGUCAAGUGAAGUUCAAGUAGAGGAGAAAGUAGAAGCACCCACCGAUAACAUGUGGGUGGUGGAGGCGGACCACCCACUUCUCAAUUAUCACCUGGUCAAUGCUGUUGUACAUGGUGUGACAGUUCUGGUGACUCACCUGGAGAGGAAGCCCCUGGACCCUGUGUUCAGGGAGAUCCUGUUUAAACAUCAGCACACUGACAUUGAGGGGAAUAGGCUGGUGAAGCUGGGCAGUGCUGAGUACCGCUGUCAUCACAACUUCAAACUCUAUCUCAGUAUCUCUACACCACUCUUUAUGAAAGGGGAUGGCCUGUUUCACCUGCCCAUACAGAAGAUGUGUGUGAUCAAUAUGGGGUUGAGUGAUGAAGCCAUAGUGGCACGGAUCCUACGCCAAACCAUGGCCGUGGAGAGACGCGAAUACCACGCUCAGCUCAUCGCCAAUGACAACGACCUUGUACAACACAAGAAGAAGAUGGCAAAAGAAAACGAGAUCAUCCUGGAGAAGGUGUACAAUCUGGACUAUGCUGUCUUACGGGACAAAACCAUCCUGCCAGCCCUGCAGGUGUGCGAGGAGAAUGUGGCUAAGCACCACUCCAUUCUGGAGGAGGCCUCGUACAUCCGGGAUACCCUGGAGCAGAAGAGGGCGCCGUAUGUCGCCAUGGCCCACCAGGUGGCAACGCUGUAUGCUCUGGUCAGGAAGAUGACUGUCCUACACCCACUCUACUAUCUGCCGUUUGAACAGUUCACAGAGAUAUUCACAAAGGUGCUUCAUGCAAGAGACCGGGGAAAGGGCGUGGCUGGUGAUAUAUUGGCCAGGACUCAGGAGCUAUCAGAUGCCACGACUGCCAGCCUGUACAAGUUUAUCACCUUGAUGAUGUUUGAAAAACAUGUCUUGUUAUUCUCUUUACUGGUUGCCAUGGAGAGAAUGAGACUUAAAGGCCAGCUGACGAAUGAGGAGAUGGCUCUCUUCAUCAAUGGGUUUGAGGUCAGAGAUCAGUUAGAACAGGCAUCUCAGUUGGCUGACAAACCUGCCUGGAUGUGUGACCAAUCCUGGCUGCGCUGUGUCAUCCUGGAAAGCCUACACCAGUCUUUCAGCGGUCUUCAGACCUCUCUGAUCCAGAACUCUGCGUUAUGGGAGGAGUACUUCAAUCGACCUUUGACCCUGAUGAACCCAGUGCCUGGGGAGGAGCUGAGACAAUUGACAGCCUUUCAGAAAUGUCUGCUGUGGAAGAUCUAUUCUCCUGACAAGCUGGCUGAGGUGACGCAGGCCCUUGUCGUUUACGAGUUAGGGGCCAUCAUUCAACCACCGGACCAUUACAACAUCAGGGAGGUGUAUCAGUACACUGACAAGGCCACGCCCACACUCUUUGUCUAUCCUGACAACCCGGAAGGGACACAAGGGACAGACAGCACCAAAGGGUUUCCUUAUGUAGACCCUCUCCAUGAGCUGAAGCGUCUGGCCAGAGAGGAGGGCAUGGAGGGGAGGCUGCGGAUUCUGAACUUCGGUGUUCGCUCCCAGAUGGCCGAGAUGAGACAAGCUAUAGAAGACUGUAUGAACAAUGGCUACUGGAUACUACUGGAGAACUACCACCUUGCGGAGCCUCUUGACCAGCAGACAUUCCAGCUCCUUAAGACAAUUAUACACAGUAAAUCUGAGAGGCGUUCGUGUAGCUCCAUGUUCGAUGAAGGCUCCAGUGAAUGUGUACAAUCUGUGAUACGAUCUCUGGCACCCUCCCCCUCAGCUGGGAACAUCCCUGUGUGUGACACCUUCCGUCUCUUCAUCACUACAUCUGUCUGUGGAAGACGUCUGCCACCAGGACUGGUGAUUCAGCAUGGGUUGAAGGUGAGCUGUGAGAGCACUCGUAACUUCAGGAGCAGUCUACACAAGGCCUACAGAAACGUGGCCUACCUCUUGAACAGCAGGCUGCAGGCUCCAGGCAGGUCAAAGCAAGCGACUGAUUUGGAUGACAACAGUUCCUACAUUAUGCCAUUGGCUCUACUCCAUGCCGUCUUGCUUCAUAGACGUUACUAUGGAAACAUUGGCUCUGUAGGCUACAACUAUUGGUCAGUUGUUGACCUGGUCUCCAUAGCAGAGGUGUUCAAGACAUUGUCAGUUCAGUGUAACUGCCUGGAGACUGUAUCACAGAUCAUGACCCAAGUGUACUCCAAUCAGUGCACAGAUCUCCAGGACGCGGAGGUGAUCAAAGCUAUCGGGGCGGCCAUCUUGAAAUUCCCAGGAAUGAAGUCUGUGACCUCUGAGUUGCCCGUAGGUUGUACCUGCCUGUUGGAUGACCUCCUCUCUGAGGGAGGAAUGCCUGGGUUCAACCUGAAGACAUCCCUGGAGUCCCUUCAUGAGCUCAACGCUUCCAUCUUUUCUCUCCCUGAUGCAGCAGAUCACCAGCUAGCUGUUGCCAUUAGCAGGUCAUUGUCCAGGGAUAUGAUCCAGACCUUGGGAGCUCCAGAGCUGCUGACCACAGUGGUGAAUUCCUCCAGUGAGGCGGACGUCAACCAGCGCCUCGGUGUUCUGGAGGAGAGCCUGUCAUUGUGUCCUCAGUUACCAGAGACUAGCAGGGACCAGCUCUACCCGCUGGACAUCUUCUUCUACCAUGAGACCCAGCACUACCACACACUUCUCCAGGGCUUGAGAGACGACCUACGGCUUCUGCUGCUUCAUGCAAAAGGGCAGAUAACUCUGUCAACGGAUUUGCAAGAGAUCCGCUCUGCCUUGGCAAGUGACAAAAUCCCAGCAGCUUGGCUGAGGCGGACCUUCCCUUCCACGGACAGCGUCACUGGGUGGAUUCGGGCGCUGCCCCAGAAGCUGGGCCGUCUGGUGGGGUAUGUGGACAGGCAGGUCACUGACCACAGCUACGAUCUGUCCACUUUUCUCCACCCGGGUCAGUUUCUACAAGCCACAGAACUACAGGACUAUGCCAGACAACAGUUCAAGAAUCCGGACUCCCUUCAGUAUCAAGCCCAGGUGAUGCCUGCAGGUUUUACACCCAGCUCCCCUCCUGCGUCUGGACUUUACAUCAGAGGUUUACGUCUGCAUAAUGCAGCUUGGGACAGGGUUCACUCCCGGCUGACAGAGAUCCAGCCUGACAGUCCAGACACCCACCUCCUGCCACUGGUCUGGCUGUCUCCAAGCGAGGACACACCCUCCUCAAGACCUGCCUCUUCCCAUUCCUCUGAUUCCUCAACUGCUGCCAAGGCAGACUGGUAUUUCUGUCCUGUGUUUUGUGGCAGCAAAAUGUCAGAUGUCCGUCACAGUUUCAUGGUAACCUGCAUCGCCUUGGCAACAGGGCCCACCCCUAAGAGGGUGUGGUCAGAGCGAAGAGUGUUUCUUAGUUGUAACUGAAGCCCUAAGAUAGAUUUGACUGUAAGAAGAUAAACUUGAACUGUGAUUUUAUUGUGGAAAAAAAAAAUGGAUAAAACUUGGGAUGGUGUUUCACAUAUUUCUGACUAGGGUUAUUUUUAUGAAGAACGAAUUUCCCUACCAACCACAAGGUUGAGGAGUGAGCUUGACUUUAUUAUAGUAGUAGCUGCUGUUGUUCCUGAUGCCUGCCCCAAACUCUCAUAAAAUGGUUAGUAUCAUAUCCGCAAUGUUAAUUU